CACACGGAAGCGGAAGGGGCGGGGGGCUGCCGGGCUCCGUAUCGCUCCGUAUCGCUCCGUGUUAUUCGUGGCCGCUGCCGGUCGUUUGCACGGGCCGCUCGCGUUGUCUGCUCUGAGUGUGAUGCGAUUCUCAGCUGCUCGGACGUUGGGGCCUUAAAUAUGGGGAACACAAGCAGUGAGAGAGCCGGGCUGGAGCGCCAUGGGCACAAAGCAGCGCGGGGUGAUGGGGCGGGAGGAGCCGGCGGCUCCAAGGAUGGGGACAGACCCAAGAUCUUAAUGGACAGCCCUGAAGAUGCGGACCUGUUCCAUUCGGAGGAGAUGAAGGCGCCAUUGGAUAAAGAAGAGUUCCUAGCUUGGCAACAGGACCUGGAAGUGAGUGACAAAACCCCCACUCAAGCUCGACCGACUGUCUUUCGCUGGACCGGAGGAGGGAAGGAAGUGUAUUUAUCUGGGUCCUUCAACAACUGGAGUAAAAUCCCUUUGACGAGGAGUCACAACAACUUUGUGGCAAUCCUGGACCUGCCAGAAGGAGAGCACCAGUACAAGUUCUUUGUGGACGGGCAGUGGACACACGAUCCUUCAGAGCCUGUUGUAACCAGCCAGCUGGGGACUGUCAACAACAUCAUCCAGGUGAAGAAAACUGACUUUGAAGUGUUUGAUGCUUUGAUGGUGGACUCCCAGAAGUGUUCGGACAUGUCUGAGCUGUCAAGCUCACCUCCAGGACCGUACCACCAGGAGCCUUAUGUCUGUAAGGCAGAGGAGCGCUUUAAAUCUCCACCCAUUCUUCCCCCACACCUGCUGCAGGUCAUCCUGAACAAGGACACAGGCAUUUCUUGUGAUCCUGCUUUGCUUCCUGAACCCAACCAUGUCAUGCUGAACCACCUCUAUGCCCUUUCUAUCAAGGAUGGAGUGAUGGUGCUCAGUGCUACGCAUCGUUACAAGAAGAAAUACGUAACUACUUUGCUAUACAAGCCAAUAUGAAGGUCACGGUAGCUUCUCACCAAAUGUUCUGGGCCAGUGCAGUCUCAGAAGAAAACUCUUCUCUUAACCAAAUGUAUUCCUCCUCUGUGCUGUAGCAAAUGAACUCUGACUUCAUGUUGUUUCUUAGACUUCAGGGUCUCCUACAUUUUUGCCUUAUUUUCCCUGAUCUCACCGUGGAUGUUGUUGGAAAUGGCAGCUCCAUGUCAGCUUGACUGAUGGCAGAUGUGGCAGUGCCCGUGGUCAGCUCAGUUUCAAAAACAAGCACCAAUUCAAUAAGGCUGAAAAACGUGGGGGCAGCAAAAUGGAUUAAGGACCUUCAGUGAGACAGAUGGGAAGAAAUGAGCCAGCCCAAAGUCUAGGAAGUUCAGGAUUCUCAUGGAAUCCUAUUUGAGCUCAGCAUUCAGCAAGAGCAAGUCUGGUACAACUGCUCCAUCACUCAUCAAAGCCACAGUUACUUCAGUAGCAAGUUCCAAACUUGCAGGGCUGAAAUAAGUGUGAAUAGCGAUGAUUAUUUUGUAGCAGCCUUUCUGGGCUAAACCAUCCACAAUCACCUACGGGCUCACUUUCAUUUUACGGUAGAUUGGGGCGCUCUGUUUCUACUGUGAACAGCCCUGUAGUUUUUCUCUUCAUGAGAACUGAGUUACAACUUUUUCCCCUGUGGAAUUUCUGGUAAAGACAAUUAAUUGUUUUUUAACGGCUGGGUUGUUCUGUCAGUCUCAGCUGCAUCUUGCAGUAAUCUGCUUUUUGCAACCAAAUUCCCUUGCUGUCACCAAUGACUUUGUCACGCUGGGUGAGGUGGCUGGAAGGACAGCAGUAGAUUCAGUGUAGGGUCUUGUUCUUCAGUAACAGCCUCCAUCAGCCACUUCAGAGGUGACUGUAAGUUCGCUGUAUCCCAGUGGCCAAACUUGACUGCUGGUCAAGUCCAGCUAGAGCUGGGCUCCUGCACCAGGCUGCAGCAUUGGCUGCAGGUGGGAAAUCCCUGGUGUUUCCAAAGCCAGGCCUAUGGCCACCUCUGCACAUUUUAGUCUGUUUAUAUCUUCUAUGUAAGUGAAUGCAGUAAUGCCAGGUUGUCUGUACCUACAGGUACUUGCAGCCUGCUUUAUCCCAAAAUUAAUGCAACAUUAAUGUAAAACUUCCUGGGGGAAGCAGCUUGGGAGGUGGUGACCUACUAGGUCCUGCUCUUGGUGUUUGGUGCCUGAGAGCACCAGCGCCUGUGCCAAUGGUAACCAGCCCCUCUCCUACAGUGGGGAAGAGCGCAUUGAACAAAUCAGUAAGGAGUUACGUGGGGACAAAAGCAGCCAGCACUCAGUGGAAGCAGCUGUAGCAGGGGGUGGCUCUGCUCACUAGCCUGCCUCGAUGCAAUGUUCCAAGUAGCUCAGCAGAUCUGGGUGUAGUGCAAUGGUUUUCUUUGAAAACUCUUCCUUCUGUGCAACGGAUAUUAUUUGGUAUUCUGAAAUAUGGAAUUGCUUUUGUUUUCAGCCUCAUUAGAAACAAAUAAAACAUUUUCAAGGAAACA